GUCUUAGUUUUGUAUUUUUAUUGGGGGAGAGUGUUGUGCAUGACGCGAUUUCGUGGUUUGCUUUGGCUGCGCAUGAUUUAGAGGGCGGUGGUGUAGACGAGACGAGGUUGGUUCGUUAGUUUUAGGUCCGUGCGUUGAGUGGCCUUGAACGGCCAUGUUGGUGACGUGCAAUGUAGUUGUGACGUUUUAGUUCCAAAACUAGGCGCGAAAUUUGAAACGGAGACGCGCCAGUACAGGAAAUUGGGCGGUUUUGGUACCAAAUGGCUCGUAGUGUGAUACGUAAUGCUAUAUUAAGCAAAAUUAAACACAUUUUUAGCGUCGUCGCCGAAAAGUGGACUGUCGUGAAGCUUUCUGGAAAUGGAAUUAGGUCAGAUUCAAUCCAAAUAUUUUUUGUUUUUGAAUGUCGCGUGCUCACGGUGAUAAGUUUCUUAAAAUAACAACAAACGAAUGAGUCAAGUGUGGCUUAACUGAUAGGAAGCACGCCGUCAAGGCUAACUUCUGCAACCAGUCCCAACAGUCGGAGCAUAAUCUCCCCCACAACUAAAUUACAUAUUUUCAGUUUUCACAUGUUUUAGUAGUGUGAUGAGUAGCAAUUUCAGGGACGAUGGCGCGGACGUGCGGAAACUCAAUCUUGGACGACAGCAUCGACGUCAUCAACGAAAUCGAAACGUUCAUCAAAGAAUAUGAGAUUCUACCGAACAUGUGCCCGCUGGUCGUAAACAAAGGAAAGAUCUACGACAGCGACACCGACCUUCUGAAAAUCCUCGACUCCGACAACGACAGUCGCAAAAGCCAGCACUCGAUGCCGCCCAAGAAGCGCAAGUUCGAAGAGCCGAAGAAACCGGCGAAGAAACGGGAAGAGUGCAAGCGCGGUCGCAGCGCCGCCCGCAAGCUCAACAAAGCCCAGCAGCUGGACUACGUCGAGCCCAAAUUCUUCACUUGUAAGAGACUUAUGCAUCAGCGGAAACGCGUCAUCGACCGCGUGAUCUUCCACUGCGACAAGCGCAAACCCAAAGUGGUGGUGGUGAAGAGUCGGUGCGACGCGCGAGCGGCGUGGAACGUGGUGGUCAAGAAGGAGGUGAUCGAUCUGACCAGCGAAGAAGACGUGUUUUUCACGGUCUUGAAGUUCGCGAAGGAGUGCUACUUCGAGACGGCGGAGGAGUUCGAAGUGAAGACGGCCAAAGCGAGCGUGGUGAUUGAAUUGUUGCAUGAAGUCACGGUUUUCGUACCGGAGAUACUGUUUCAUGUGGAGGAGACGUGCAUCGACUUGACUGUGGAGGAAGAAGUCGUGGCGAGCGAGAAGGAGUUGGCGAAUCGAAUUUUACCGAUAGUGUUUGACUGUUAUAAGAUCUACGAAAUUAAUAAGAUGGCGAAUGUGAUACAUUCGAUCGAAGAGUGUCUGACGCCGGAAGAGACCACGGUCGAUAAUUUUCUGGCUUACAAUCUCAUCUCGAAACACGCGGCUUCGCUUGGUCGCGCCCUCUUAACCAACAUCUCACACAUCUUCGUCAAGAACUUGAACCUGCCACGGUUUUUGGAAAUCGUCGCUUCCAAACUAGACGUACACUACAUGGUUUCGGUUAAAGCCAAAUACGUAGCGCUUUAUUUAUAUUCGAUGUUGCACCCUCAGAGGGAGGCUUGCACGAGUCGAGUCGCGAGGGAACUUUUGCGAAACAUCGAUAGUUACGUGGAGUUGCUUCAGAUGAAGCAAGAAACCGUGGGUAGUACCGAAGGUGAGGAUUGUGACUCGAUUGCUCUGUCUAAAGUGGGUUUUAUAGUGGUUUUUACUGAAGAACAACUAGAGCAGCUGCGGUACCAGAUCGAACAGUACAACGCACUUGCCGUCCGCCAGGAACAACUAAUGGCGGCGUAUAACGGUUUUCCAGGCAUGGAUCGAGAAGUCAAGAUGGAGAUUUUAAAUGCUCAACAACCACCAACCGUGGCGAACAUCAAGGUGGAUUUAGAUGUCAUUUGCAUCGACGAUUGAGUCUUCGAUUCCGAAGAGACGAUUACAGAAGAUAUUUUUGUUUGAUAUUGAUAUAUUUAUUUUUCACGUUUUAAUAAAAGGUAUUUCUAUUU